AUGAAUGUCUCUGAAGAAAUUCAGUGCUAUAAUAGCAUUCGUCCUCAUUGGAAUAUUAACACAGUUAAAUUAAUUACUAUUAUUCUAUUUCUCUUUAUUUUAUUACUUAUUGCUUUUUUUAUUCCUAACUCUCCUUUAAAGUCAGUUAUUAUUUCAAUUAUUACUGUUUUAGAAGAUUUAUCCUUUGUUACUGCAUCAUUUUUAUUUAUUUUCUUUUAUAUUAUUGUUUUAUUACUAGCCCUUCCUGCAACUCCAUUGAACUUAGCAGGUGGGUUUUUAUUUGGUUUUUCAAAAGGAAGUUUAAUAAAUAUAAUUGGUUGUUUUAUUGGUGCUUCGAUUCCAUGUUUUAUUGCUAAAUACUUCCUUCAAAAUACUAUUAAAUCAUAUCUUCAUGACCAUUCAAAAAUUCAUCAAAUUAUACAAACUAUUGAAUCAAAUGAGUUUUUAAUGAUUUUGUUAUUAAGACUAUCACCAUUAUUCCCAUUUCCUAUUUCUAAUUAUGUUCUUGGUCCAUUUUGCUCUUUUCAAAAUUAUGUUGUUGCAACGUUCUAUGGAAUCAUACCAGGGACUAUGGCUUAUACUUAUUUUGGGAGUGUAGUUAAAAAUGUGAGUGAUAUAUUCUCAAACCCAGAUCUUGAAAAUGAUUGGGUUGGUGUUUCAUUAAUGAUUUUGAUUGUUAUCUCUUCAAUUGUGCUAUUAGUUACUGUUACUGUUAUCACAAGAAAAGCAAUUAAUAAUGUAAUCUCAAGAAAACAAUUAACAGACACAUUAAAAUAUGAUGAUAUGAUAAUCAUAACUAUUAAUUGA